CAGCAACGUCAUAUUAUGUACAGUGGACGCUCCUCCCCCUGUCUAGAUAUUUUUUUUCACUCAACCUCUCAUUUGACUCAGAGGCAGUCACACACCAAUUUGCGCACAGACCGUGGAAAAAUAGGGGCAGAAGAUGGCUGACUUUACCGGGCAUCGCGAGCCCUCAACAGCAUCAUCAACAUCACUCGGGCUGUUCCCAAGCUUGACAUUCGCGGUUAGGCAACUUUAAAUCAGCCCCGCCUUAUCCAGCCAUCCACCACCGCAAAUAUUGACAGAGCUAUUAUAAACAAUGGCAGAGAUGGAAAAAGAGGGCAGACCCCCCGAAAAUAAAAGAAGCAGAAAACCGGCUCACCCCGUGAAAAGGGAAAUCAACGAAGAAAUGAAGGUUCGGGCUGAGCGGGCCCGCCCAUGGGCAGGCAUGGCGGGUGAUCUCCAUGGCAACCCACCCUACUCCAUGAGUUUUGCAGAGAACACAAUGAACGAGCUGCUGGGCUGGUACGGCUAUGACAAGGUAGACCUGAGAGACCAGGACAACAUCGACAUACGGAACUACCCAGAUGGAGAGGUACAACACAUCUCUGUCCUGAAAGAAAACUCUUUGCCAAAAAUCCCAGGAGGAUCGGGGGAGAACAGCGAUGUCUCCCCAAACCAAGUCAAUAGCUCCCACUCUACAUCAACAUCAAGGAAUGGAGUGACAGAGUCCUCCACCACCCCAUCCACCUCCACACCCAGCACCAGGGAGCAUGGGAAUAUGCCGACCAUAGUCCCACUGAUCCCACCCUCCAUGAUCAAGCCACCAGCAGACGAGGAUGUGUCUAACGUCCAGAUCAUGUGCGCAUGGUGUCAGAAGGUUGGCGUCAAACGCUACUCCCUCAACAUGGGCACUGAGCUAAAGAGCUUCUGCAGUGAGAAGUGCUUUGCCGCCUGCCGCAGAGCCUACUUCAAGAGAAACAAGCUUGGAUAUUUAAGGAAUUACAGGGCGAGAGACGAAGACGGCCAUGGUGAGAAAUUACCCCAGCACAGCUAUUCUAAGGAUACGCCCAGGCUUGUCUUCAAAACAAACAGCGAUGUGCUUGUGUGUGACUGGUGCAAACACAUCCGCCACACCAAGGAGUACCUGGACUUUGGUGCCGGUGAACGGAGGCUGCAGUUCUGCAGUGCCAAAUGCCUGAACCAGUACAAGAUGGACAUCUUCUACAAAGAGACUCAGGCGGCGCUGCCAGGGGGCCUGUGUAACCCAGGACAUGGCCCUGUGGAGGGCAAGUCAGAGAGCAGCACUGGGUUGCAGCUUUUAACACCCGAUUCCUGGGGCACACCUUUGGGUGACUUACGUCGCAAAGCCCCUUCUCCUGGGGCAAACCCCUCUGUGCCAGUCCCCUCCAGCUCCACCGCUGCCUCUCCCUCUGAGACAGGCACCGUCUGCUCUCCUUCUUUCUCGUCCGCCAAAAACUCCACACCCAGACCCCACGAGAGUCCCACCUUACCCCCUCCCCCACACCCCUCUCUGCACCCUCCCAUGGGAGUCCCCUCGGGCAGCCCCCCCAUGGUGAUGACGCCCCGGGGGCCUGUGCCCCUGCCCUUCUUCAUGGAGCAUCAGAUGAUGCAGCAGAUGCGCCCUUCGUUCCUCCGCCCACCUCCCCACCGCCCAGGCCCAAACAGCCCUCUGUCCAACCCAAUGAUCCCUGGCAUCGGACCACCACCCCCACCACCCAGAACCCUGGCUCCGCCAUCCAGCCCUAUGCACAGGCCCCAGUUCUCACCCCACCACCACCCCUCCAACAACCCCAACCUUGGAGGGAACCCUCCAGGGAUGAUGCCACCCUAUCCAGGCCUACACAUACCUGGUUUUCCUUUCACCUCCAACAUGAUGCCAAACGGGCCCAUGCAUAUGCCGCACAUGAUGAACUUCGGUAUACCUUCCCUUGCCCCCCUGGUGCCCCCACCAACCCUGCUGGUCCCUUACCCUGUCAUUGUGCCCCUGCCCGUGCCCAUCCCUAUACCCAUACCCUUCCCCUUCAACCCCAAGACCUCCAAGGACAACCCCAGCAGCAACAACGACCCCAUUCCGAGUGCAUCGGGGGAGAACACUGAUCUGACGGAACCCAAGCCUUUCUACUCUGGUUCCUCCAAAGGGGAACUGAAGUUGGGGCCCUCAAGUUCUGGGGUGCACUCCUUGGGCUUUUCUGGCUAUACUCUGGACCGCUUUGGCUCUGAGAGAAGUAGGAUUGGCGUGGUGGACCUGACCGUGAAGACUGAGAGUCCGGAGAGUGCCACCACCUUGGGACUCUCGCUCUCUGGUGGCCCCGCAGCCUCCCUCUCCGAGGGAGUGAUCGACCUGACUCUGGGCCAGCGGUCGCGGCUGCAGCAGGUCACCCAGCGGGUGGUGCCCAGUGUCCAGGUGAAGGUGGAACCGGAAGGAGACUCAUCCAGCCCCCCACCCUCUGGACCAUCCUCUCUUGAUGUCUCUGGGAAGGGGGACAGCAGCCUAGAGGACAUGAGCCAGGAGGUCAGGGAGGCCAUUAGUGUCUCUCUGAAGCCAAACUCUCUAUCUUGUUGCCAGGCCACAUCACCAUCCCCCCAGCCAAACGAAAACUCCUACCUCACCCAGCUCACAAACCACCCUGGCACCACACAGACCCAGCCCUGCAACCUCGCUGCCCCCUUUAAUGUCAUAGUAAACGGCAGCAGUCAAUCCACAGACAGUCCCGGCAGGAGCACGCUACCCACACCUCAGCCUGACCCUGGUCGGAGAGGAGGAGGUGGCGAACCGGCCAACUGCGAGCUGGAGCGGGAUUCCCUGAAGGAGAACAGCUGUGCAGUGGCGGAGUGGGAACCAGGUAAGAGAGGCCCGAGUGACGAGGCAGCACAGGGGGGCAUUGAUGAAGGCAAGCUAGAAGCUUUCUGCGACCUUAUGGAUCUAGACGAUGAUGACGACCACGCCUAUGCACUGCUGCUGCCCAAGGCUGGCUGUGUUAUCCAGCCCGGGCCAAAGCCCAGCGACAAGACAGCCAUUGUGUCCUAUAGCAUCAGCGCUCCUCUGGCGGCAGGGAGCCCCGAGCUGGAGCCACCGUUAAAGAGGAGGUGCCUGCGAAUACGCAAUCAGAACAAAUGAGGCAGAAAAGCUCAGAAAGGUGGCAGUAUUUCCCCAACAGAAUGAGGGACGCUUUUGAAGCUGUUGACUACACUAGCCUUCAACCAUCCGCUCCUCCACUCCACGAACCUCUCUCCCAGCCAACCAGCCAUGUAACCCUAAUCUUGACCACUCAGACCACCCACACUGCCCGUCUCCCUUCCAAAGCAAAUGCUCUGUCAGAUCUCUGCUCUCCGACUGGAGAAGCCACAAUGCUAACCCAAUAGGUUUACCAGCAGUUUUAUGUUCACUGGAAGAGUCCUAAGGUAGCAUUUUUAGCCAGUCUGUCCCACAGUGAAAGGGGGAGUUUUCUUGUGGCAAGAAAUUCAGGCUAAAGUCACCCCACCCCACCCCCAUUUGCAUGAUCACAACCAGUACAAAAUGCUAACCUCCAACCCCCAUCCCACCAUUGACAGUAACAGGACUUUUGUUUUUAACUGGUAACCAAAAAGAGACAUCUCAUGAUGGAAGGUAACAAUCAGAAGGAGACAUUUUCUGAGCCUCGUUGGUUCAGGAAUAAGAAGGAAAAAGAGGAGCGGUGAAAUCCUUGUGUUCUGACUGUAGCGCUCUCCAUCCCUGGAGAUACCAAGGCCCCCUGCCACCACAGAGCCUUUCUCUAGUAGAGCAAUGGGGAUAUCUCCACAAUAAAAGGAGACCUUGGCACUAUUGAUCUGCUCCUCUUCAGUGAAUUUCAUGGUCAUAAAAGACAAGGAUUUUCAUGUAUAUCCUCACUCACUGAUUUGUGGACAACAGGGUAGCGAUCUCACCAGCAAAUGAUGGUGGGCAACUGUGGACUAUGUGCAAUCUCUGCCAUCGUGGAGGCCAUUUUGCAUCUCUGCAAGCCCCUGGUCAGACCGGAUCAGAUGUGUAAUUCUAAUUCUUAUCAUAAUUUAUAUAUUUACAUUUUUCACAUCCUAAUGCUAUUGAUGAUAAUGAUGUACUGUAUCUUCAGCCACAUCUCUGAUGUUAUGGUAAUGGAGUGACUUCCAUCAUGGAAGCAAAAACAGGACUGCUGCUCAUCACACCGCUAAGGGAUUGCGUCAAUCAGGAGUUGAGACCACAGCCAUUAGCAUUGUUUCAUCACUAGUGUUCAGGGUUGUAAUGCUGCACUAGGAUUUACCAUUGACAAGUGAUGCCGACUCUCUCUUACAAUCAAAUUUGCUUGUCAUUCUUGGAUAAUUUUCUGGAAACAAUGGUCCAAACUAUUUGUCAAGCCAAACUACUGAAAAAAAUGUAACAAUUCUUUAAUCAGUCACACAUGUUGUCAUAGAUAGUCAUAUUUACAUUCUAAAAAAAUUGUUUUAACAGUUAUUUAAUAUUUUAUUUAACUAGGCAAGCCAGUUAAGAACUAAUUCUUAUUUACAAUGACGGCCUACCCCGGCAAACCUGGACGACGUUGGGCCAAUUGUGCGCCCUAUGGGACUCCCAAUCACAGCCGGAUGUGAUGCAGCCUGGACUUUUAUUAUGAUAUGGGGAAUCAUCUCACUUCCCUGUCCUUCAUCCUGUUCUACAUUUUGUAAUUUUCCAGUGUUAAUCUGUCUGGAUUAUAACAUUUUGUAAUUUUCCAGUGUUAAUCUGUCUGGAUUAUAACAUUUUGUAAUUUUCCAGUGUUAAUCUGUCUGGAUUAUAACAUUUUGUAAUUUUCCAGUGUUAAUCUGUCUGGAUUAUAACAUUUUGUCAGUUUAUUUUGCUUCAUCAGAGUUUAUACUGCCAGUAGACACUAACAUUUUUGCCAUCUAUUUAUUUACUAUGUUUUGGUGUCAUUACGUUUGCUAUGGUUUCAUGGAGGAAUUAUUUGCUUAAUUAUCUUGUAUAUCUAGUAUGUCUUCAAAUCUUUUGGUGCAAAGAUUAAACGAUUUCUCCCCCAUAGACUUCUUUCAACAUCAAAUUAGCUUUUUCAAUUUUCAUGUGCAAUCUUUCCUGCCAAAACCUCCACCUUCUUGCCAACUUCUUUUUCCAUCUCUCCCUUUUCCUUUGAGUCUGAACCUUUUAUCUCUUCCACUGAACACCAAUGGGAAAUGUCAUGUCACACACACUCCAGAGCUAUGGGUUGCAUGUUUUAUUACAGAAAUAGGAGAGUUACACACAAACACACACACAUGCGUGCAUUUACACACACACACACACACACACACACACACACACACAGAGGUGUCAAAAGCAACAACUCACCACGCUCUAUGAUGUACUUUCUCUUUCACACGCACAUACACCUACUAAAAUGAAGUUUAGAUAUUCAUUCUCUUUCCAUCCAUGUAUUGUUCUAACUCCUCUCUCUUGACUCCCUUGCUGAUGACAGUAGUGUUUGCCAAUGUUCAUAUUAGAGUCGGUUGACUCUGAGUAUGCACUGCAACACAAUCUGCCAUGUGUUGAUAGUCAGGCAUUUAGGCAUUGCCUGUCCCCUGCCAAGACUGAGAUUCUGUGUCACAGUAAUCAUUGCCUUGAAUUUCAGUCUCUCGCUUAUUAUUAUUUUUUAUAUAUAUAUUUUUAAUGUGUCUUAUAUUUCCAGACUCGGCCACCUAGCCUUUGUAGUCAUUAUAGUGCACACUCCAAGAGUAGCAAUUUAUUUUCAAACAAUUACAUUUUGUACAGACUAAUUCUCAAUGAUUCCAACCAAAAUCAGAGAUCACAUAAGAAACAGAAAUUCUGAGGAAUCAUUUCCAUUUCUUCAUUCACUUUCACCACCAUGUGUAAUGUGAACCAGAGAUACUUCGACAAAUAUAGCCUUGAAACUGGAAACGUGUAGUGUCUACGGUUCUUGACAGAUGUGGGAGACAGUUGAAACUGAGACAAUGAAACAGGUCGGGUUUCUGUCUGAUUGCAGAAAUGUGUUUUCCGGUCUGUGUGCAUGCACGUGUUGAAUUGAUAUCAUCUGACCAUUGCUGUCUUUGUCUGGGUGCGUCUCAGUUAAAAAUAAACAUAUGUAAUGCUUUGAAUUACCACUAGGUGUCAGGGUAGAUAUUCUUUGCUGCCAACACAGUGGGCCUGAAAAUACAACCAUGAUAAUUUUGUAUUUUUUUAGCAGAGCCCCCUUCUAAGACUUCCACAUACCUUUGAGUGGCCCUGACGCAUAGACCUACUCACCGAACACAACGGCAACAACACACACACACACACCUUAAUAUCACCUUCAUCGUUGUGUGCCAGCAUCAUCAGUCUUGCUAAUGCUUACAGGAAUGAAGUGGAAAGCCAAUUGUAUUUGGUUAAAGUCAUCUGCCUAUUUUAUGGCGGAGAGAUUAAUAAUAAAAGAGAACAUUCAGCACCCAUGUAAUGAAAUUAAAUAGGCUAGGUCAACAGCCUAAGAUAUGCAAUGAUAACUUCAUAUUCAAAAUCUUUAUGAAAGAGUAGAAAUACAAAACAAAAACAUGACAUUUUUCAUGUCACUUUUCAAACGUGAACAGAAAAGCUGCCUUAACUCUCGCUUGUGUACUACUCCACAGUGCAUACGAUGAUGCUCGCUAGUAAGACUCCCUACUUUGUACAAAAGAAAAUAGACAAAAAAACAACUUUGUUGUGUUGAUGUAUAGCUGAUCAACUUUUUUUGUGACUUGUAAACCCAACCCUCACAUUUUGCUAAAAGACAUUCUUCCUACAGCACCAACAACUGCUACUUGUCCCACGCAUCCCCCUACCCCUUCUAUAUUUUAUCUUAUGGUGAAUUCUCAACCUUUUUGUGUACAUUUUAUAGUAUUAUUUAUUAUUGACAAAAUUACAUUAUUUGGACUGGGCAUUUUAUUUACAUGUCAAUGCUUGGUGAAGAGUCAAUUGUUUCUUUUAUAAUUAAAGUGAAAAAAAACUGCAAGAAAUGGAAAUAACCUUUGUCUUUUUAUUAUGAAGUUGUUACUAUAACUUGUUGCCAAGAUUGCUUUGAAAAUAAUAAUGUUGUUCUGUAACAGUAUUUGCUUUAUUCAGUGAAUUGCUUAUGGAGACUAAUAAAUAGAGGCACACACCAA